AUGAACGAGACUUUCCUCGGUAACGACACUGUUGCGACGGCCACGUCGGCUGGAAAGGCUUUCCCGUGUAUGGAGGCCAACUAUCCAGAGAGAAACGGUAGCCUGGAACUAUCCGCCGCCCCGCAGGACUUCCCCAUCAACCCGUGGGACAUCAUGCUUUGCAUGUCGGGCACCGUCAUCGCCUGUGAGAACAGCAUCGUGGUGGCUAUCAUCUUCUAUACGCCCACCCUGCGCACCCCCAUGUUCGUGCUCAUAGGGAGCCUGGCCACUGCGGAUUUACUGGCAGGCAUGGGAUUAAUCCUCAAUUUCGUGUUCCAGUACGUCAUCUCCUCAGAGACUAUCAGCCUUAUUACUGUUGGGUUCCUAGUGGCCUCCUUCACGGCGUCCAUCAGUAGCCUGCUGGCUAUAACGGUGGACCGGUACUUCUCUCUCUACAACGCACUGACUUACUUCUCAGAGAAGACGCUCCACUAUGUGCACCUGAUGCUGGUGGGCACGUGGGGCGUGUCUAUGUGCCUGGGCCUGCUACCGGUGCUGGGCUGGAACUGUCUGGACGACCCGAACUCGUGCAGCAUCGUGCGCCCGCUCACUCGCAGCAACGUGACAUUGUUGGCGGUCUCCUUCUUCGUCAUCUUCAUACUCAUGCUGACUCUUUACUUCAAGAUCUGCAAGAUCGUAUGCCACCACGCGCACCAGAUCGCUCUUCAGAAGCACUUCUUCACUGCCUCGCACUACGUGGCCACCAAGAAGGGCGUGUCCACGCUGGCCAUCAUCCUGGGCACCUUCGGCGCGAGCUGGCUGCCCUUCGCUAUUUACUGCCUGGUGGGAGAGCGCGAGUACCCGUUGGUGUACACGUACGCCACGCUGCUUCCGGCCACCUACAACUCCAUGAUCAACCCAAUAAUCUACGCCUACCGUAAUGCCGAGAUCCAGCGCUCGCUCUAUGUCCUCUUCUGCGGCUGCUUUCAGACCAACGUAGCCUACCGCUCCAGGUCACCCAGUGAAGUUUAG